UCAGCAGGGGAACUGGCGCGUCAAAAGAGCCUGGUUGAACCGCACCGGGCCAGAGGGGAUUAGAUCGAGCAGAAGUUGGAACAGGGCAAGAAUUUCAGACCAAGGGUACAGUGAGGGAGUGAGUUUACCAGAUCCUGGAGAUGAACCGUUUGCUAUGUGUUGUGUUGCUGUGCGCUUUGUGCGGUAGAAGUGCAGCUAUAACACAAAUUUCUUAUGUCCCUGAAAUUGUGCCAGAUACUGUACUAGGCCGAAUCACACAAACAACAGUUGCACUUGAACAGCCGCUCUGCGUGUUUAACAGUUCAGGAACAGGCUGUGUGAACUGUGACGUUUGGCUGCUCGUGGCUAACUCGACAGGAGUUACAACAUUUAAUAAUAUCAAAGCUGGAUUUGUGGAUCCUUCACUUUUUAUGUACCAAGGUGCUUUCACUGGAUCAAAUGGUUUUUACUUCACUGUUAAAACAAAAAGGAAUGUUUACUCCUGUCCACCAACUGCUAUUCCUGGCCAGAUCUUAACUUUGCGAGUUGGGUCAGAAGUGCCCUGUACAACACCCAAUUGCAAUGCACCAUUACCUUCUGGUGGAAAAUUCCGAAUGAAGUAUGUUUUGAUUGAUACUGACACAAGUGCAAACAAUAUUGUUGCAGAAACGCUAUUUACCGAUGAGAUCAUGCUGUUAAGUGCUACAGAUCCCAAUACCAUUGACCCCUUUUUGAGUCGCAGUGGGGGGAUGGUUGUCAUAACAACAAUUCUCUCCAUUCUGCUCUUCCUGCUGCUGGCAAUGUUUGUGGCUAUGCUCGCCAUGGUUUGUUGCAAAAAAUCUGCCACGUCUGACUUCCCUGAACCUAUAACCACGUUUGGCUCCCUCCGAAAAUAUAACACUCACAGCUUGCAGAAAAGACCGGGUAUCAUUACCCCAAAGGGCAAGAUGUGAAGCAGUGUCUGUGGUUGAACUACAGACUGUGGACAGGAAUCUAGCAGCCUCAUUCCUCCUUGGUCUCUCCAACUACCCAAUUUCACAAUUACAGUGGAAUACUCAUGUAGCUAUGGUGUUUGGAAUGAUGAAGUGUCUUUACGCUGAUGAUUCAAAUGUUGAGGUGUGAACUCCUUAAGGUUAACAUUUUUUCCUUUUACAUAAUGCCAGUGUUCUUUCUGAAUAACAGUGCAAUACAAAAUAUUGUUAAUAUCAGUUUGUUGAAGCUUUUUUUUUCUUGCACUCAACACAAUGUUUGCUAAAAUGACAAAGCCAAGAGGGACAACCUUUAUAUUGUCUGGGAAGGCUCUGCUGAUCAGUUGGCAAGUGCACUCUGGUAGAAACUUUGACAUGGAGAAUUACCAGUUAGAUGAUGACUGACAGUUAACUGCCAAGUUUUAUUUAAACUUAAAAUUGUGUUGAUUCUGACUGCCUUGGGAAAUGUACCAAUGAUUAAUUGUUGUCUGUUUUGUCAUGAUUGCAAGACAAAAAGCUUCAACAAAUUAUCUUUUUUGUUAGCAGUACUGUACUGUUUUGUACAAAAACAACUAUUUACAAUAUAUAGUAUUAAAGAAAGUCUUUCUUUACAGUGGAGGAGUAAAUGUUUUAGACCUCUUUCAAUCCCACUCCCAGCUAGCUGCUGUUUUGGCCCUAGAGAACAGUUUUAAUUGUUACCCCAAAAGGAAAAGAAGGUCGUGAUUACAGAUUCUGGCUCUCAUCUUGUUUCAUUUAGAAUCUAAAUCAGUCAUUCACAAACCCAAUAUGUUUGAGUUUGACUCCUUCUCUUUAUGUUCUUCCCAUAGCAUUUUGCACUUUUUCAACCAAGUAAGGGGGAGGGGUGGCUGGACGUUAAAGAUAUGGCCCAAACUUAUCGUUUUCAGCAUCUGAGAUGCUGCUUUUCCCUGGGAAUUAGGCUGGUAACUGGGUUUAUACUAAUUUCUGAGAAACUGGUUUUUUUGUUUCUUUGGAUGCCUGGAGCCCAGGUAAAGGCCCGUUUGUGUCUGCAUCACUGUGCCAAGGUGAGAAUUUGGCUCAGUUGGUUUUACCUUGACGCCACGUGGACUAAGAACAUCUUCUAGCCAGUGGCUAAAGCAUAUACUCCUCCCAUUGUCCCAUUUUCUCUCGGUCAGCUUUCCUUAUUUUGCGAAUUAUGCUUUAUUUCUUCCAUUUGAAAUAUUUCCCGUACAGCUAAUAUCUUUUAGCUGUUUGUUUUUUUUAAAUGCCAUAUGCUGCUAGAUCAAUUAAACAUUCCCGAUGCAGAGCUUCACAGAACAGGAGUGCGUGUAGGAGUUUGGGAUGGGAAACCCAGUUGGUUAUGUUUGACAUCCAAAUCACAUUCCAAUCAUGCGCAGCUCUGCGCUGUGGGAAACUAGUUAGUAGUAUUAACCCAUUGCUUUAAAGUCAGUUCCAGAUGUUGGUGGCCUCUCAUUUUCCAACACUUUGAAGCCAAACUGCCAGAGGAAGUGAUAGAGGCAGGUACAGUUACAACAUGUAAAAGACAUUUGGACAGGUACAUGAAUAGAACAGGUUUAUAGGGCUUUGGGCCAAAAGCAGGCUGGUGGGACUAGUUUAACUUGGGGAAACUUGGUCAGCGCGGACUAGUUGGACCAAUAGGUCUUUUUCUGUGCUAUGUGAUUAAAUCAUAACCUGAAGAACUUGGAAUGUAAAUGUCUUUGCAUCUGAAACUAGAUCCGAUUGGUUUGAAGCGAUUUGCUUUAAGAUUUAAUGAGUUUGGCAAUGAGAAAAAAUGAAUUGUGAAUGUUCUGUGGAAACCAAGAAUCAAUGCUGACUUCAUCCUUCUAUUUUAAACAUGACAAGUGAUCUCAGAUUCUUGCUUAAUGCUCUCAACUGUGAAUACAUUUGAAUUUCAUAUGUUUAGGGCAUUGGCACCAUAUUAGCAGAUAUAAAAAUUUUAAGCGAGGCAUUGAAUGUUGACGACAUCAGGAGUUUCUCAUUAUUGAAAUUUUAUGGAUAAAUUCCAUUCGAAAAGCCAAAGAGUCCUGUAUAUAACAUUUCCAGCUUUAUACCCGUGCUGUGUUUAAGAUGUUUGCUGAUACUUGACAGUAUCAAGGAUCUUGGCGUUUCCCCCACAUUGUCCCACAAAAUUUCACACCCAGACUUUCCCACAGAGUAAAUUCAGUCAGUAAUGCCUCCCAAAACAGGUAGCAGUUUCCACCCCCACAGCAGGAGACUAUGUGAAGGCUGUUGUCACUGUUGUUACUGAUGCGACACUCCGAGGUCGAGGAGAAAGCAAUCCCCCUAACCUAACUCUUGUUUACAAGUCAACCCAGAAUGGCACAAAAUACACUAAAUAAAUCAAAAAAAAGCCUUGUAGUGCAUUAAGUUCUCAUUCACUUUCCUCCAUGGGUUUAUCCAACAUUUCUUUGCAAAAAGGCUUCCUUUCAGAAGCAUUGACAAACUAACAACAUCCUGUAGGAAAUGAACAAAUAAAACCCCGCAAAUGUUAGAAAACUGAUCUCGUUUGCCUCCUCUUCAUGCUGAAUUAUUACAGAUGAGCAGCAAUUAAAUAGAAUGAGAGAUGGAGCAAGAUUAAUGGGAUGCACAGAGGAGCCAUUUUAGUUCUAGAUAGUCCUUUUGACUCCUCUUUACUUUGAAUCUCACUGAAGGCAGAAUCUGAGAAACUAUUUACCAAGUAUUUGGUUCUCCUGGAAUCAGUUAAAAUUAAAUGUGUUACAGUGUGCCUCACAAUACACCACCAGCAGGAUAGACUGAGCUGUUAGUAGAACCACCCUGUUUUGAAAUACCUUAUCUCUAUUAUAAUAUUUUAUCUAUUACUUUUGUAUAUUGUUAUAUUAUUGAAAAUGUUUUGACCAAUCUGAAUACGUGGGGAAUGUGUAAACUUGUUCUGAAUAGAAAAUGAUUAAGCAAGAAAA